AUGCCGCAUUGCCCUGGGCUUGGCUCUGAGCCGCUGCGGGGGACCCUUCCUCGCCAUUCCAGGACCGCAGGGAAGAAGCACCAGAGGGCCAAGUCUGAGGGCAGGCGGAGGCCAGCGGGCCUGACUUCCAGGGAUGCUGAAAAACCGCAAAGAGGCUGGAAGCAGGAGAAGCCCUAUAAGUGCCCCCGGUGCCAGCGGAGCUUCCUGGGUCGCCACGCCUUGACCACCCACCGGCGCCUGCACGUCCGAAGGUGGCCCCGGCUCCGCCCACAGAGCGGAGGGCGUUCCUCCAUCGCUCCCGAUGUAGACACGCCUCAGGAGGGCCACGUGGGCACCAGCGCCAGCCACGCCCCUUGCAACCAGGGCGAGGGGACCCUGCCCUUCUGGCCCGAGAUGACUCUGCACCAGCAGGCGCCCACAGCCCACGGCUUCAACCCCUGGUCCCUCAGCUACGGACCCCAGCCCCUGCCAGGCGGGCCCCAGGCUCCAGGGCUGCACGGCAACGGGGAGUUCAUUUGCGACCAGUGCGGCUGGAGCUUCCACGGGUGGGAGGAGCUGGUCACCCACCAGUUGGUUCACAUGGCGGCGGAAGGGAUCGCGGGCUCGGUGCCCAAAGCCGGAGCCCUGUCCCAGCUGGCCAACGACCGGCCCUAUGCCUGUGCCCAGUGCGGGAAGAGCUUCCGGCACAAGCCCAACCUUCUGGCCCACCGGCAGGUGCACACAGGCGAGCGGCGCUACCAGUGCCAAGAGUGCGGCAAGUCCUUCGGUAGCAAGGCCUACUUGGCGUCCCAUCAGCACAUCCACACCGGGGAGAAGCCGUACGUCUGCGGCCAGUGCGGCAAGAGCUUCCGCCACAAACCCAACCUCCUUUCCCACCAGAAGAUCCACACCCGAGACCCUCUUCCGCAGAGCCACCCGCUGGACGCCUUCAACGGGGAGAGCUUCCAGGCCCCGCGCCCGGUGGCGGAUGCCCUGGGGAUGCAGGCGUUCCAACCCCACCGACCCCCGCUGGAGGCCCACGCCCCCUGCUUCCCAAGCGACGCCCUUGUCCCUCAGCCACAGAGCACUCUGCCUCCGCCCCUGCUGGCGGUCGACCGCCCCUUCGUCUGCCCGGUCUGUGCCAAGCAAUUCCGCUGCAAGCCCUACUUGGUGGCCCACAUUCGAAUCCACACGGGGGAGAAGCCGUACGCCUGCAGCCGCUGCCCCAAGCGCUUCUCCCAGAAGUCUAACCUGGUUUCCCACGAGCGUCUCCACACGGGGGAGAAGCCGUACGCCUGCCCGCUGUGCCCCCGCGUCUUUAGCCAGGGCUCGAACAUGCGCGCUCACCAACGCAGCCACAGGAAUAUCGGUGCCAAUGAGGUGGACAGCUGCCUUCGCCAGGGCUACCCGCCCCGCCAGACGCAACAGCCCGACUAG